CGGGGAAGGCAUUUAGUUCACUCAAGACUGGGGAUUGCGGUGAGUCCGCAUUUCCCAAAUGCUGUUAAAAUGUAAACUCAUUGAGAGCAGGGUUGUAAAUUCUGGGCUGCUGAGCCGGGUCACAAGCCCGUUGAGUCUUUUCCGGAUUACCCAGACUCCACCCCUCCCAUUCAAGUUCCGCCCUUGGGAAACAGCAACCAGAACCCCAAAGCCCAACGUUCCCGGAAGCUGAAUAGGGAACCCUGACGCGCGGGCCGAGUUUCUACUCGCACUGUUUUUCCCCUGCGCCGGGGCCGGAAGCGGCUCGCUCCGCUCUCGCAGCCGCCGCUGCCAUGCUCCGCCUUCUGCGUGGCUGCUCUCGGGCUUCUUCCCUGGUCCUCAAGACUCCCCGUGUGACAGGUAGCCCCACUGUGUGGGUGACUCCAGGGCUCCUCACAUCCAGUUGGAGGGCUGAGGAUGGGAUCAGGGACUAUCGCACAUCAAGCUGCUGCUUCAAGAAGAAGGCGCCCAUGUUUCCCUCAAAGCCCCCCCUCACUCUCACCUACCUGCAGGACACCCCUAAGCCAGCCCUGUGGGUUGCUUUGACUGGCUUGGUCCCGUUUGUGGCCCCUCCCCUGGUCAUGAUGGCCACUAAGACCUAUGUACCCCUUUUGGCAUAUACCCAGAUGGCCUACGGAGCCAGCUUCCUAUCUUUCCUGGGGGGGGCCAGGUGGGGAUUUACCCUGCCAGAAGAUAGCCCAGCCAAGCCCGACCUCAGGAACUUAGCCUGCAGUGGGGUCCCCCUGAUGUUUUCAUGGUAUGCCUUUCUUAUUUCUGAGGGACUCCCUGAGGCCCUUGUCUUGCUGCUCUUGGGCUUUGGGGUAUCAUUACACAAUGAAGUCUUCCUCUUGCCCCAUUACCCCAACUGGUUCAAAGCCAUGAGAUUAGUAGUGACUCUUGUAGCAUUUUUCUCAUUUAUAGCCACUUUGAUAAUUAAAGAUUUGUUUCCAGAGACUGACAGUAAGCUGGGUAAAGCUCACUCUCCUGGCAAAUUGUGAGCAGGCAAGCUAUUGGUAACCCCCUCCAUAUGCUCAGAAACUUGUUUUCUCUGUGUAAUUCCUGCAUCUAACGAUUGCCCUGUUCUAGAAAUCAUGUCCUUUUAUUGUAGUUGCCUGAGCCUCUGGCCCACAGAAUUGGCCUGUGUGUCUAUAGGCUGGUGCUCCUAAUUUCUGCUAUUUAUAAGUGAAUUGUAAUGAGUUUUUAAAAGUUCUAAUAAAAACCACAAAGCAGCA